GAAAAGCCUCCACUAGCUGUCGAACCUCACUCUGGCCAGGUGUGUCCUACCUGCUGUCUAACUCAAGCCCCACCUCUGAAUGUUGCUCAACUUGCUCCAGAGAGCUUCUUACUUGUCAGUCAGUCAGCCAUAGACUUCGUGCCUAGAGGAGGGUGUCGUCUUGGAGAGAAAGCCUCAUUAUUGUCUCCAGCCUUCCCCAUCUCCAGUCUCCACCAGGCGUGGACAGCUCCCAGCCGCUGUUCUAUAGAGGCAGAGAAGAGACGCUUCAUUCAUUGCGGGCCGUCCGUCCAGAACCCUCGUCAUCGAACAGCAAUUGGCAGAAUGCAGAAGGAGUCUGAACAAAGAAUGACCAUGGAUUUUUCCCGCCUGCACACAUACACACCUCCCCAGUGUGCUCCGGAGAACACAGGAUAUACCUACUCUCUCAGCUCCAGCUACUCGACGGCAGCGCUCGAGUUUGAGCAGCAGCAUCACAUCGCUCCCGUCUUCGACUCUCCCAGGAUGUCGCGGCGCAGCCUGCGUCUGCAGACCACCGGCGGUCUCUAUGGCAACGACAGCCUGGCCACCGACUUCUCCGCCAACCACAGCUCGGUGACCUACAGCACCGGAGGGUCCGGUCGGAGAGAGGCACGGACGGUGAGGAGCAGGAAGCAGCAGUCGCUCUCCCAGACCCUCACAGAGACGCCGAGCAGGACCCUGUCCUUCUCCACCACCACCACGCCUGCCAGCGGGCCCGCGGCCAGCAACGCCUGCCUGCUCUCCUCCGCCCUGGAUCAGUCCAGCCUACGCCAGCACGCCACCAGCACCUCCGCUACCACUGAGGGAUACUGGGAUGCAAAUAAGGAGGCCAUUCUCAAAGAGAGGAGAUCUAGGGCGGAGCACGGCUCCUCAAAGGUCAACGGCGACCUCCACAGCGCCGCUUCGCACACCCACACGGCGCACGUCAACGGCUACAUCUGCAACGACUGCUCCAUCCACUCUGACAGGAAAGAGGUCCUCACCACUCACACCGCUGCCGCCACCACCUCCUCCUCCGCUCAGGCUGCCGCCUCCAGAGCUGCCGCCCUCUCAUCUUCAUCCUCCUCCUCCUCAACCAUCUACUCCUGGGAUAAGAGUCGGAGGAACAAGACAGGGGCGCUAGCGUCCGUGUCUGGCGCCUGUGUGCGCCUCGCCAGACGGGCCCUGGCCCCCGCCGUCUCCCUGGUGACCCUCCUCUUCCAGAACCUUCUCUGGCUGGCCUCCAAGGCCGUCAGUCCGCCAGGAAAAGGUUUGAUGGCGUCGGUGUGCGACUCUGCCAGGCGAGCAGUGUCUUCCAGCGUGGCUGGCCUGUGGUUGGUCAAGCAGAGCACCCUCCACAGGAUGGGCUACAGAGCUAACGGCUACGAAGGCAAAGCUCACUCCAGCUACUGUGGGAGCAUGAAUGUGAAAGACAUGGUGACAGGAGACGGACACCUCGGUCUGAACGGCUCCCUUUGUGACGACUGCAAAGGGAAGCAGCACCUGGAGACACACACUGUGGUCCACACACACACCUCCAGGGCCCGCCGCCUGGUGGGGGCGCUGUGGAGCCUCCUAGCUUACACAGGCUACCUACUGCUGCAGCCUGGCUACUGGCUGUUGAGGGCGGGCAGGGUGGCGGGGUCCGGGGUGGCAGGCCUGGCCCAGAAGCUGCUCUCAGUGCUGUGGAUGAUCCUGGCUGCUCCAGGGAAGGCAGGCAGAGGAGUGCUGUGGUGUGUGGGGACAGGAUGGUACCAGCUGGUGUCUCUCAUGUCUCUCCUGAACGUCUUCAUCCUGACAUGGUGCCUGCCUAAACUAUGGAAACUGCUCCUGUUCCUCUUGCCCCUCUUGCUGAUCCUGGCUCUGUGGUUCUGGGGUCCGUCCAGUGCCACCCUCCUCUCCCUCCUGCCGGCCUUCAACCUGACGUCCCCCCUCACCUACCUGGCCAGCCUGGUCCCUGCCUCCGUCCCCGUCUCCACCCCCCCAUCCCCCGCCGCCGUCGUGCCCCUGGAGAAGUCCGCCGCGGCCUCCACCCCCCAGGCACAGCCGGCCCUCCCCUCAGCUGCGGCGGUCAGCGGCGCGGACCUGGAGCGCCUGGAGCGCGUGGAGCGCCGCCUGGCCGUGCUGUGGGAGCAGGUCCAGCAGGGCGACCAGGAGCAGGAGCGUCGCCACGGGGACGCCCUGGGCCUAUACCAGGGCCUGAGGCUGCAGCUGGAGAGCCGCACCGACCGGGACGGCCUGGGCCUCUGGGUCUCCGGCCUGCUGGAGGACAGGCUGGCCGCGCUCCGUGGAGAGCUGGAGCAGGAGGGCAGCCACAGGACACAGUCUGAGGAGCAGCAGAGGGAGCGACAGCAGAGUCAGGAAGCCAGGCUGGCAGAGCUGGAGGUGCUGCUGCAGCAGCUGGCUGUUAAGACCCAGGGGGUGCAGCAGAGGCAGCAGGAGGAGCAGCAGAGGCAGCAGGAGGAGCAGCAGAGGCAGCAGGAGGACCAGCAGAGGCAGCAGGAGCAGCAGCAGAGGCAGCAGGAAGAGGAGGAGCUGAGGGAGAAGGAGAGGGCCUCCCUGGCCUCCACAGCACCCCCGGCCCCAGCCCCGGCACCUGCCCCGGCACCAGCCCCAGCUCCUAUCAGUGUGGGCGUGGAGCAGAAGGCCCACGAUGCCCUGCUGGCAGAGGUGCAGCGGCUGGAGGCGGAGCUGGGGCGGGUGCGGCAGGACCUGCAGGGGGUGAUGGGAUGCCAGGGCAAGUGUGAGCAGCUGGACACACUGCAGGGCAUGGUGUCUGCCCAGGUGACAGCUCAGGUGUCGGCCCAAGUCAAGAAGGAGCUCCUGGCUCUGUUCUACCCCGGAGGCCAGGCCCAGGGAGAGGUGCCCGAGGCCCUGCUGGCCUGGCUGUCAGAGCGCUACGUGCGCGGGGCCGACCUGCAGGCCUCGCUCGCCUCCCUGGAGCUGGGCAUCCUGAGAGACGUGGCCCUGCAGCUGGAGCAGAGCCGGGCCCAGGCGCUAAGCGAGGCCCAGGCUCUGACGGAGGCCCAGGCCCAGGCCCAGAUCCACACCAUCACCCAGACGGUCACCCAGAGUGUCCAGCACUCCGCCGCCGGAGAGGGCCUGUCUGAGGAGCAAGUGCAGCUGAUUGUGCAGAAUGCACUCAAACUCUACUCCCAGGAUCGAACAGGCCUGGUGGACUACGCCCUGGAGUCUGGAGGUGGCAGCAUCCUCAGCACACGCUGCUCUGAGACCUACGAGACGAAGACAGCCCUCAUGAGCCUGUUCGGCCUGCCACUCUGGUACUUCUCCCAGUCGCCACGCGUGGUCAUCCAGCCUGAUGUGUACCCAGGGAACUGCUGGGCGUUCAAGGGCUCCCAGGGCUACCUGGUGAUCCGUCUGUCCCUCAAGGUCCUGCCCACAGCCUUCUGCCUGGAGCACAUCCCCAAGGCCCUGUCCCCCACCGGCCACAUCAGCAGCGCCCCACGCAACUUCACCGUCUAUGGUCUGGAUGAUGAGUACCAGGAGGAGGGGAAGCUGCUGGGACAGUACACCUACCAGGAUGACGGGGACUCACUGCAGACCUUCCCAGUCAUGGAGAAAAACGAUAAGGCUUUCCAGAUCAUCGAGGUGCGGGUGCUGACUAACUGGGGCCACCCAGAAUACACCUGCCUCUACCGCGUCCGGGUCCACGGAGAGCCCCGCGUCCAAUGAGAGGAGGCCGCUUCGGUUUCAUCCUACACAGACAUAUCACCCCACAGGGGCCCCUGGUAUCUGCACAUAACGCCACAGGACUCUUUUUUCUACAAAACCAAGGGGGCUGGGGAAAAUGAAAGAUUUUUUUUUUAUAUAACUGAGGGUCUCCUGAAAAUCGAGGGUGAAUGUUGUUUUUAUAGAAUGUGUCCAGAGAGAAUCAUGAAAGAAGAUUUGUUUUUACUUGGUACCGAAAGCAUCACAGAAUGACUAACGGAAUGUCAGAGAUGGAGGAGGAAUGUGAUCAAGAAGACUGCAGUUCCCUGACCCUCUCCUUAUACCCCAUGGCUCUUGCACUGAAACCCUGGAGGUGUGCAGCUGACAAAUCACUCCCCCCCCUCCUGCUUCUAUAGCCUGGCGUGGAACCUUACAAAGGCAGAUUGUGUUCUUUCUUUUUUUCCAUCAUCACUCCUCCCUCUUGUGUUUUUGUGUUUGGUUUGUGUUAUCACCAUGGGACGUAUUCAACAGACAUUUUAACAAAGCCUUGUGUGUCUCAGUUUUCAUUAUAAGGAUCAAAGCCACAGAACUGAGGCCUAUGACUCUUCUCGGGCCUACCACUCUCUCUCUCUCUCUCUCUCUCUCUCUCUCUCUCUCUCUCUCUGUCUCUCUCUCAAUCCCUUUCUCUCUCUCUCGUUCUCCCUUUUUCUCUCUCUCGUUCUCCCUUUCUCUCUCUCCGUGCAUCCAAAGCUACUCAUAGAGCCUGUCGUCACGCUGUACACGGACAGGGCGGGACUUUGAAUGUGUUCUGGGGAUGCUCCGCGCCUUCUCCCUGCUACAGAUCGACCACAGAUUCCGCGCCGCAGAAUCUAAACCAUGCCACGACUAGAGCAUAUUGAUACGCCGCGGCAACUCAGCAGAAAUAGGAACGAAAAGGGAGUUCCUAUACUGCCUCGGGAUGAAUCGAAACUUGAGAUGCAGGCGUCUUGUCAGCUCAACUUUUCACAUGGCACCACGAUUCAUAAGCUGUGGGAUAGGUUGGGGUUAACUGCUGCACACAUCUCAUGACAGAGUUCAACCCUGUAAGACUGCAGUGCACACCGCAGACUCUGGCAGCCAAUGGCAUGGCUCCUAAGCAGUGUAAUGUCCUCCUUAGGGCUGCCUCCUUCAUCCCAGAUUCCCCCCCACAGGAAUGUAAUCUGUAUAUUUAAUUGUUAAUAUUUGGUCCUUUAAAAAAAACAACUUGCUUUUAUCAGUGUUGCUAUACAGUAAGAGUAGCUACACCCCUCAUUACUAUUACUGUUGCUAUGAUGUUAUCAUGUUAUUAUUUCUAUUAUCAUUGUUAUUACUCAUUAUAUGUGUAUAAUUUGGGGGUUUUACUUUUAAACUGUUCCAUUUAGAAUCACGAAGGUUGCACUGUUACGACUUGUGUGCUGCACUCAAGUCCUCACAAUUUGUGGUAAAAGAGAAAAGAGAGGUUAUACAUUUUGUUUGUUGACCAGACCUGGAAGUUUAGAUGUACAAAAAUGUGUUGACUAUUUAUUUUUUAAAGACAUUCAGUUACUGCAAGGUAGGACUUGGUGCAAUGUAUUUUUGUCAAAUGAUUUUCAGUGCAUUUGGAACCAUCUUGGAACAGUAAAACGUUUUAGAUCUUAACUGCUAUGGAAAAUAUUCCAAUAAAGACUUUAAUUUUGAGAGCUUUUGAUGCAUGUGACAUUUUACUUAAUAAAGACCGUUUUGCUUUUUU